UUUUUAAUCCGCGCGACGUUUUUUAAAUAUUUUAUAAGGAUAUAUAUUAUAAUAUAUAUAAUAUUACUAUCCUCGCGCACGAAGGGUCUAUUAACUUCCUCUUACUAUCUUAGUUUAUUAAAAUAA